AUGGCGGUCAUGGCAAACCUUGCGAAUACCAUGGAAGCUAAUGUUGCUGCAACUCUGCAAGCUAUGCAGAGGUUAGGCCAACUGGCCCGAAACAGAAAUGGGAAUGGCGAAGGGAACGCGAAUGAGAAUGCUGAGGGAAACGGUGAUAACAUGGGAGGUACUCCGAUGACCUUGGCGACUUUUCUCAAGGUUUAUCUGCCAAUUUUCCGAGGAUCAACCAACCCUACAGAAGCAGACAACUGGUUUCAUGCCAUGGAGUGUGCUUUACAGGCGCAGCAUUUUCUGAAUAACCAAUAUGUAGAAUUUGCUGCUUAUCAGCUUGCGGGAGAGGCCCAGCAUUGGUGGCAAGUAGAGUGCCACUUGUUACAGCUUCAGAAUACCGACAUUCCUUCGGAUGUGUUCCAAACGGCCUUCUAUAGGAGGUAUUUUCCUGAGUCUGCAAGGGAAGCGAAGGAGAUGGAACUUAUGCAGUUGAAGCAAAGUUCCUUGUAG